AUGAAGCUGCUGAUGGUGAUGCUGGAUCUGACCACUGCGCAGACAGAACCUGUGAAAACUGACAGAGAGAGGGACCAAACCCAGACCUUCAGACUCGACUCAGGGCUCAAGGAGACAGGACACAAGGAGACAGGACACAGGGAGACUUUAGAACCAAAAACAGGUCCAGAUCAGGAUCAUGAGAAGAUUUUCAGAGUUAAAAUGAAGUCCUCACCGAAGACAAUGAAGCUCCACAGAAACCAUUGGUCCCAGAACGCCAUCCUGACCGUGGACAAGUUCAUCAGAAAGUGA